AUACUGACAUGUCGUUUUCCUCUUCUUCCCCAACAAACAAAACAGUAACACACCUUCCCCUACUGAAGUCGUUCUUCAAUCAUAAAACACCAUGGCUUUGAAGCUGCUGAGCAAACUCCGAAAUCAGAAUCUUCAAAUCACCCGAAACCAAAACCACCACCGGCUCCUCGAUGCCGCCAGAUUCUUCUCUGAACAGCCAGUUUCGAAUCUUUCGACACCAGAUGAUAGCAAAUUUAUUAUUAAGAACAAACAACAAACCACCACAUCAUCUUUGAAACAGCACGAGCUUGCUAAAUUCGCAGCCAUUUCUGAUACCUGGUGGGAUUCAGAAGGUCCAUUUAAACCAUUGCAUAACAUGAACCCUACAAGACUCGCUUUCAUUCGCUCCACACUUUGUAGACAUUUCAGUAAGGAUCCGAACUGCGCUAGGCCUUUUGAAGGACUUAAAAUUGUUGAUGUUGGUUGUGGUGGUGGAAUUCUUUCGGAGCCUUUAGCUAGGAUGGGAGCAACCGUAACAGGAGUUGAUGCGGUGGAGAAAAAUAUCAAUGUUGCACGCCUUCACGCUGAUUUGGAUCCAGAGACUUCAGCCAUUGAAUACUGUUGCACAACAGCUGAAAAGCUAGUCGAGGAGCAGAGGAAGUUUGAUGCUGUGAUUGCACUGGAGGUAAUUGAGCACGUGGCAGCACCUGCUGAAUUCUGCAAGUCGCUGGCAGCACUGGCUUAUCCUGGUGGAGCCACUGUAAUAUCAACAAUUAAUCGUUCUAUGAGAGCGUAUGCAACUGCCAUUGUUGCAGCAGAGUACCUUCUCAAUUGGCUUCCUAAAGGCACGCAUCAGUGGUCAAGCUUUCUUACUCCUGAAGAACUGGUGCUUAUCCUACAGCGUGCUUCUAUCAAUGUUAAAGAAAUGGCUGGAUUCGUUUACAGCCCCUUGACUGGGCGAUGGUCUCUAUCUGAUGAUAUUUCUGUGAACUUCAUAGCCUAUGGUACCGAAGAUGGUCAAUGAUGAGAAUUGCGUACAAAGACAGGCAUGCUGAUUAAAAGUUUUGCUCUUAGGUAUUUUAUUUACUCAUUCUUUCCUUCUGUCUAGUCGCAAAUAAUUUCCAUGUUGCUCUCUUCGUUAUUAGUACUGAAUGUGAGCAUAAAGAAACAAAAUGCUUUAGAAACUGUCCUCAAACCCAACCCAAAAUUUUAAGCCAUAACAAGGAGCUCUAGCCUCGAGCUUUAUGACUUGCUCCAA